CCAUGUGCCCUCCUUGCUGUGGCUGCAGGGGUGGGGGCAGAGCGAGCAGAGCAGCUAUUUUGAAAGUGACCCCUCAUUCAGGCAGCGACUGUGCAGCUGUCAGGAACCAUGACUGAAGAUGACGGAUUCUGUUGUCGUGGAGGGAUACGCCAGACUGAGAGAUGGGAAAAAGUGGAAGACUAGGUGGCUCGUAUUUCGCAAGCCGUCGCCUGUAGCAGACUGCCUUGUGUUAUUAGUUUUUAAAGACAAAUCAGACAAAGCCCAGGGCAACAAAGAGAAGGGGAUUGUCACGUUGGAGCAGAUCUGCGGCCUAGAACUUGGACAGUGGUAUGAAGGGGUUUCUUUUACUCUGGCCAUCCUCUGCCUGAACCAGGCUGCUCUGCUUGGCUUUGACAGCAGGGAGACCCUGCAGGCCUGGGAGCUCCGUCUGCGAUACAGCCUCGGAGAGGUUCACAGAUUCAGUGUUGGAGUUUUACCAGGGACCAGGCUGGAGACUGGACCUGCAACUCUACAUCUGUGCAACAACCUUCUGGCCCUCAUCCGGGACUUUCCUCCCGUCAUUAUCGGCCAUUGGAACCUGCCAGACUUGCGCAGAUAUGGACCAGUGCCAAAUGGAUUUGUGUUUGAAGGAGGAACAAGAUGUGGAUACUGGGCCGGUGUUUUUCUUCUUGCAUCUGCAGAGGGCGAGCAGAUCAGCUUUCUGCUUGACUGUAUCGUUAGAGGCAUCUGCCCCAGCAGGGGCCCUUAUGGGCUGCGGCCCGUUUUGCCAGAACUCAAUUCAAGCCAGACAAUUUCAGAGGAGAGGCUGAACCUGGAAACCCAGGAGCUGGAGAAGCGGCUAAGCAUGCUCUCUCAUAUGAGCAGCACAGUCUCGUCCACGAACUUCCCAUCUGUUGGGGGAGAUGAUCGCAGCAUAUCUGGCUCUUCUGACACUUCCGACACCAGCCAGUCAGACUGCAGCAUUGGCAGCCGGCUGGCCAUUUGGACUGAACCUCCCUCAAGCUCUUCCGUAAGCGUGUGCCACAUGGGCACUAAGGUGGCGCUGCAGGCUGUAGAAAAACAUUCAGUAGUCCAGGCAGGCGGGGGUAGACUGUCAGCCAAGCCACCCAGGCAGCUUCAUGAGAUAGGCCGUCAGAGCUCUUCAGACAGCGGCAUUGCAACCGGAAGCCAUUCCUCCUACUCUGGGAGCUUCUCCUCGUACACAGGCAGCCUUGACAUCACUCCAGCAGAGGAUUUCGGCUCUGUGUUUAGUUUGCCACCCCACCUGGCUCGAGAACUGAGCCCUUGCAUUUGUCCCACUGCUCCUGAUCACGAGUACCAAGUGCCAACCACGCUUCUUCGGUAUCUUUAUGACUCUCCUAAAGGUGUGGCACAUGAAGCGAGUGGAGGUGACAAAGAUUCUGAGCCAGUAAAAGCCACCAAAGACUACCCAGUUCCUUCAGAGCAUCCAACAGAGUUGAAAGGGGAUACAAGUGAAGAAAAAGCAGCUGAGGUUCAAUCAGAAACUACAGAUAGACAAUCUGUUGGGAUACACAAUCAGAGCCUUUUGAAGGAUGGCAGAAAGACAAGUAUGAUGCCCUCUAGUGGCUCCUCUCAUACCCACAGCUCGCUCACUGCCUCCAAAUCUAUUGUGGCAAUCUGCUCAGCGUGUGGUGGAUUCAAGGGUAAUCACUACAUUCAAAUGGGUUCUUCUGUGAUGCCAACCCUACCAGUGAAGAGUAUUCUGGAAAAGACCUGUACCACUAAUGGACGCAUCGCAGAGUCAUCGAGAGGGCAGCCAGGGGAGGAUGCGAUGCUCCCAAAGAGAGGAGAGAAAAACAUAGCAGACUUCUUAUCUGAUCUGUUCAGCUUUCUAAGUGCAGGCAGCCAACCACACACACCCAGCCUGUACGAGUCAAUGAGCCCAGCUCCAGCAAAUAGGCUCACCAUGGCACCAGCUAACCCACUUUGGGACUCCCAGCAGAACAAAAGAGCCGUCAUUUAUGAAAACUGUUUGAAGUGUCAAGGAGAGCUCUGCCAACCUCUGCUACAGGUCACGCCUGCUAAAAUGCCCCCCAGCAGGGGUAUUUCCGGAUGUCAAAGCGUCCCAACUGAGCUAUACGUGAAGAAAAGCCAAGUUAGUGACAGUACUGCUGAUGAGGAGCUGCUUCGUGAACUCCUCAGAGAUGCUGAUGAGAUGUGUCAGCCUGAAGAUGUAAAUGAUUCAACAGGAAAUGGAGAAAAAAAGUUUACUAGUAAAGAAGAGAGGCGCAAAGCUGAUCCAGCUUAUGAGAUCAUGGAGAAUCGGGUGCCAGAGAAACACCCAGAGAGUGAAGAGAAAAGCAAAUAUGAGCUUAUGGGCAGCUACAGCCAACAAAGGCUCUUCCAAGAGGCUGAAGGAGCGACGUUUGUUUUCCCUCCUGAGGCUCCACUUCCUGAGAGACCUUGGAGCGAAAGCGUGACAUACGUAAAUAUUCCCAUCAGCCCAACAUCUAAGAAACAACUCAAUUACAUGGAGCUGGAGUUGCAGGAGCCGGGCCACAGUACCAGAGGGACUGCCGCACAUCUGCCGGCUGAUAGAAAGAGCUCCACCAAGUAUGCUCAGAUCGACAUCACUGCAACCGAGAUGGCUCAUAAAGUAGGCACACAGCACGCGCUGGGCCGACAGGAGGGGCUGCACACUCUGGAGCUGAGAAGAAAGGGGAUGCCACAUUGACUUUACUGAAAGGCGGAUCCCAAUGGGAUGGUUUUACCAUGACAUUGGCUUCACUACAGCUAUUAAGGACUUGAUAUUUGUUAUAUUUAUAUUUUUUUGUUCUUUCAACAUUUUCUGAGUACAGGUUUACAUAUGCUGGAAUUCCAGAACCUGUAUCAAGGUUUUAAGGCAGACAUCUUCUCCUGUAACCAGGAAGCAGUGAAGAGGUUGCGUGGUUCAUAUCUUGCUGUUCUCCAAGAAGAAGUUGCAUUGUCUCAAGGAGAUGGCACCUGGCCAGAGAAGAGUAAUGUCAUAAAUGGAGCCCUUUCAUUUACAGAUUUAUAACACUGUCUGAACAUAUUUAGAUUUGGUGUAAAAAACCAUCCGGGCCUGUUCAGAGAGCUGUGCAAGAGAAGAAAAUUAAGAAACUAUUUAGAUUUCCUACUUCAGCUGGCGACCGGUGUUAGCCUGUGUUAACAUAGGCUGUUCAUUGUAUGAACAGAAUUGAAGUGCUUUCUCUCCUUUUUUCUUCUAGUAUCACUAAAGUGGAUUUACAGUGGGAAA